CGUCGAUCGAUUUCUAUUGCAUUAUAAGGCGAUCGAAGUGACCCUUUAGUAAUCAUGCGGUUAAAUCUCUCGCGCAGUAUUAAUAAAGUAUAAAAGGACCUUGUUUCCCGUUUUUAAAGUUAACACUCUUCAACUGUUAUUAUCUCAAAAGUCCCAAAUAAAAUUGCAUAGUGCUUUUUGAAACAAUUUAAACUACAGAUAGCAUGAACAGACGUGAUAUUUUUUUGAUUACACUCUUCAUUUCCAUAAUCGUAAUCCAUGAGAUGCCGGUUCUUUUGGGAACCCUGCAUACCCGAGGCAUCUUAACAAUGGAUAUGCUCCAGAAUGUUUUUUCGGGAAAUGUUUUCACAUACGCAAUUUUAGCUGGUGCAUUGUCAUUUUUUCGUAAAUAUCAGUCCGGGACAAAUAAUGAACUUGAAAGAACGGUCCUGGCGCUAAAUAAUGAACUUCAAAAAAUGCGCGCUGAAAAUGAGUGGCGGAAUGACGUAAUCUCACAAGUAGGAUCAAACCGAUUCUCUUCUGCAAGUCGUUCAACUACUGGCAAACGUUCCGAGUAUGACGACGAAACAGAAAUGUAUUGGGUUGAAUUCACUGCCAUUUUCGAUCAGAGAAGAAAAAAGGGGAAUCGCUCUCCUACACAAAUGUACAAUAUAUUAUCCGAUGAGAUCGGACUAAGUCCUGGCACAUUAGCCAGUUUCUAUCAUCACAGAACGAAUCCAAGAAAAACUACGAUGGAUAAAUUAACUCCAUGGAUAGAAAGGGAGGGGAAAAGGGUAGUUAGUUUCGCGAGUAAUAGUAGUAGUAAUAUCAAUAGCAGUAGUAAUAUCAAUAAUGAAAUUAACAAUAGUUAGUAAAGGAUAGCGGGAAGGAACUGCCAUUAUAUGGUCUAGUGGCCGGCAAAUUCCUCACUUGAAACAUCCGCUAUCCGUUUUAU